UAGCUGUCUAGUGUGUGUUAGUGUGUUAGGUUAAGUAGCUGUCUAGUGUGUGUGUUAGUGUGUUAGGUUAAGUAGCUGUCUAGUGUGUGUAGCGUGCAUAGUGUGUUAGGUUAAGUAGCUGUCUAGUGUGUGUUAGUGUGUUAGGUUAAGUAGCUGUCUCGGGUGCAGAUAGAUCAGAUACUCUUCAGGAAGUGAUUACAUACAGGUCAGAUAGUCUGAUAGUGGACUGAGGGUUCAGCUGACAACCAAUCAACAAUACCUGCUACCAGGAACAAAUGUUAAUGUUGUUUUUUCAUCGUGAUGAUGGGUCACUUAGAACUCCCUGUGUCCUUAAAAGGGAUUAUAAGGACCUGUCAGCAAGUGUGUUUGUGUGUCUGUGUGUCUCAGAGAGAGAGAGGGGGGGGGGACAAAAUGAGUAACAAUGUCUGUGGUGGAGAAUGUAAUGGAGGUAUAUUGAUGAGACUGAAGUGCAUUUAUCAAUUGAAGUGUGUGUGUGUGUGUGUGUGUGUGUGAGUGUGAGUGAGAGAGAGAAUUAAGGCUUAGUAUGAUUCUGUGUGUAUCAGGCUCAACUGUUCCUGGUGUUGACUGCUGCUGAGCUAACGUGUGUGUGUGUAAAUAAAAAACUAUGUAUUACAGAAUGUGUGUGGGUGUUUGAGUUCAUCAGUGUGUGUGAGCGCGUGUGUUCACGCGGAUUUGUCGGUCGGUGGCAUGCCUCCCUCUGCCUGGCUCAUCUAGCCCCGCGCGGCAGGAAUCCUGACCGAGUGGUACGGACAUCGCCGCCAGAGCCCGCGAACACGCAGCUCGCGCCUUUAAACACGGUCUUAUGACCGACAGCUAACUCAAUCAGCUGUCUGCCCUCACACACACACACACACACUCAACUGCUCAGUCUCUCGCGCACCGUCUCCGACUCACACCGCAGGCGGACAGCAGCACCGAGAGGAAACCGCGCAGCGGCACCGCGCUCUGGCAGGAUCUUUUGGUGGACCAGGAACGUCACAGGAGAGCUUGCGCUGUAUACCGGAGUGUCGGAUCUGCUGCAGCCUGCUCGCGAGCCGCACAGGUGGUGAUUUUAGCUUCCCUACAGUAUAUUACUUCAAUCGUCUGACUAUGCGGCGCCUGCUGAUGACAUCACUCCUGCUCUGUUUGCGACUGCUGGAGAGUAGCCAUGGAGACAGUAACCUGGGAGACAGGGAGUUCGCGCUGACGCUGUAUGCGUCGCUACGGGAGACGGAGAACUCGUCAAAUCUGCUUGUGUCCCCGGCAAGUGUCAGUCUGGGACUCCGCCUACUCAUGAUGGGAGCCCGCGGCAACACACUCACGCAACUGCAAAGCCUCCUGGGAUACCAAAACACCAAUCCUCAGCUGCCUGACUUCCUGUCUCAGCCCCAGGGGGAUAUGGGAAACUCCAGCCAGGGGGUGGAGCUUCAGCUGUCCAGUACGCUAUUGGUCCAGAGUGGGCUGCAGCUCCGCCCAGAGUUUACCCAGCAUGCACUAGGGUGGGGGAAUGGCACUCUGCUCCGCCUCAACUUCAGCAGGACCAAUCAGAGCCAAGGAGAUCACUAUGGCAGCGGCGCUGACGCGCUGCGUUGGUUGGAGGGUUCGGCAGGUGAGGCGGGCCCUGUCGCCCUGGUGACGGCAUUGGCAUUCCGGGGUGUGUGGCAGAAACAGUUCCUGUCCAGUGAUACACACACUCUGUCCUUCAGUCUGCCUGAUGGCACACACACCAAAGUGCCCAUGAUGUACCAGGCCACUGAGGUCAACUUCGGUCAGUUCCGUCUGAACUCUGAGCAGCGCUACACUGUGCUGGAGUUGCCCUAUCACGGCCACGCUCUCAGCCUCAUGUUGGCGUUGCCUAGUGACCGGAAGACGCCGCUAUGGCAGCUGGAGGCGGAGCUUUCAGCCCAUACUGUGGAAUCAUGGGAAAACAGUCUCCGCCGCACCAAGAUGGACGUGUUCCUGCCCAGAUUCCGGCUUCUCGGCCGGUUGGAUCUGAGGUCUGUUUUGACAUCUUUGGGAAUCUCUGACGCAUUUGACCCUACAGCAGCAGAUUUCAGGGGAAUGUCAGAUGAGGAGGGUCUGUAUGUAUCGGAGGUGCUGCAUCAGGCCAGUAUGGAGGUGACAGAAGAUGGAACCAAAGCAGCAGCAGCCACAGCCAUGAUGCUGCUGAAGCGUUCUCGUGCCCCAGUGUUCAAAGCUGACCGGCCCUUCCUCUUCCUCUUACGCCACCUCAACACAGGAUCCAUCCUCUUCAUGGGCCGCGUCCUAAAUCCAGCUGAGCACCCACUAUGAGCCACACACACACACACACUUGUACAUAUUUGUAAAUAUUAUUUUACAUUGUACUAUUUCAGCCAUGAACAUACACAAAAAUACACUAAAAUAAUGUACAGAGCUGUAAAUAUCACUUUACUAUUUAGCAUUACCGUAAUGUAAACCAUGUGAACAUAUUAGCAUUACUGUAAUGUAAACCAUGUGAACAUGUUAGCAUUAGCAUUACCGUAAUGUAAACCAUGACAACAUGUUAGCAUUAGCAUUACCGUAAUGUAAACAAUGUGAACAUGUUAGCAUUAGCAUUACCAUAAUGUAAACCAUGUGAACAUAUUAGCAUUACUGUAAUGUAAACUAUCUGAACAUGUUAACAUUAGCAUUACCGCAAUGUAAACCAUGUGAACAUAUUUGUGUACAUAUUUGUGUAAAUAUUUUAAUAAAGAUCACAGUUUUGUACACGUUUAAGGGUUGGUCCAUUUUUACCUGCCCUACUCUGUCAUUCAUAUUGGAUAACGUGCACCUGACUAACUAAACCAGUCUGUCUCAAAUGGCAUUACACACAUGCACGAACACACACACACACACUCAUUAAUUAA